CUCCCUAAUUUGUUACUCCCAAACCCUGUAAACUCAGGCCCCAGCCUCACCGUCGGCCGUCCGCCAUCUCUGCUUCGUCGCCGUCCGGCCAUCUCUGCUUCGUCCCCGUCCGCUCAUCUCUUCUUCGUGGCCACUCGCAUCCAUAUCCAGUGAAGACUGUGGAAACGAAGAUUUGCCGUGCUGCCUGCACAAAGAGACACAUAGGCUUCCAACAAAAAAAGAGCAGACAAUUCACGGAUCAAAGCUCGAGCUUUCUGAUAUCCAUUAUGCCAAUCAAAUGGGUUUUGCACUGGCAACCGAAUGCUGGCACAACAGUGAACACCCAAAUCCUGACUGAGGUUUCUCAAUGUGUUGAAGGCAUUAAUGGAGUCAAGGAAGGAAGGUGGAAAGCUACUCUCAGCUUCUACAAGCCAAUGCUCAAAGACAUAGCUAAUGCAAAUGAAUUUCCACGUGACUUUUGGGGGAUUUCACUUCAAGAGCAGCCUGACAAGUAUUACUUUGUCAUUAGAGGGCAACGGCUAGUUAUGGAAGCGGAGUCAUCAAUUCAGAACAUAAUGGAGAAGCUUCAGUCUUAUAAAACUAGGGUUGCACUUAAUUUUGAGGGGUUCCAAUACCAACUUGGUGACUUCCGACUGCAAGUGGGAAAAGUUGUCCCAAUCCACUCUGAGAACUUGAGGGGUAUAGUUAUGGAGAUGGAGUAUCUUCCCAUUUCUUCAUGGGAAACAUCACACCAAAUCAUGGGUGAGUUCUUUGAUAUCUGGAAGGAUGCUCUCUCGAAGAGAUCAUUACCAGGUCAUUUUAUGCACAUCGAACCAAACUUCACAGAGUUUGGCCUCCCCGAUCAGUAUACUUCUCAACACACAGCUGUUCAGUAUGCUUGUAUCAUGGCUCAAAUGAUAGCCACAGCUCAGUCAGCCGCCCAGAUGAGAAACUAGACAAGGCAAGAUCCUCAUUCCAUGUAGUCUUCUAGAUGCUUUGUUUGUACAAUUUGAGUAUGAACCUUCUUUUGCAUUUCAAUGGGGAUUCAAGCAUGGAAAUUAUCACUCUUUUGUAAAAGCCUGGUGUUGGUUUCAGAUCUUUCAUUUUUCAAGCUAGGAUCAUAGCUCUUUUUUGAA